AUGGAGGGACAGCGGCUGCCCGGCGCCGUCAACCCCAACCACUUCCCGGGCAAGCUGUGGCUGCUGGUGAACAGCCCGCGCUGCGGCUCCGUGCGCUGGGAUGCCCGCGGCGAGGGGCUGCUCAUUGACCGGCAGCUCUUCGAGCGCGAGCUGCUGGGUGCGGGGCCGGCCGGCGACAGGGCGGCGGUGGCCGCCGACUUCUUCAAGACCAAGAACUUCCCCAGCUUCAUCCGGCAGCUCAACCUGUACAGCUUCCGCAAGCGGGCCGGGCCCCUGCAGGGCCUGGCGGGGGUCGACGGCGGCAGCUCCGCCGGGGCCCUGCUCCACUUCCAGAGCCCCCAUUUCCGCCGCGACCGCCCCGACCUCCUCGUCCGCCUGAAGCGCCUGACGAGCGCCAACAAGGCGAAGCUGGCGGCCGGCCUGGAGGUGCCCACCCGCCCGCACCAGCGCUCCCGGCGGCUGCUCGGCACGGCGCUGCACAGAGACCCGCUGCUGCUGUCCUCGACGCUCGGCGAGGCCGCCAGGCCUGUGAGCUGGGGUGGGCCCCGGGGGUGGCAGUGA